AUGAAGGGAAGAGGAAAUGUUACUGAGAUCACCGAAUUCAUCCUCCUGGGAUUCUCAGAUUUCCCCAGAAUCACAGCACUGCUCUUUGUCAUAUUCCUUCUCAUCUACAUCACAACUCUGACUGGGAACUUGUGCCUCAUUGUUUUAAUAAGGAUGGAUUCCCACCUCCACACCCCCAUGUACUUCUUCCUCAGUAAUCUGUCCUUCGUAGACCUCUGCUAUGUCACCUCCACAGUCCCUAAACUGCUUGUCAGUUUCUUCCAGGAAAAGAAAACUAUCAGCUUUGCUGCUUGUGUAGUUCAGGACUUCUUCUUUACAAUGCUGGCAAUGAGUGAAUCUUGCCUCAUGACGGCCAUGGCCUAUGACAGGUAUGCUGCCAUUUGUAACCCACUGCUCUACGCAUCCAUCAUGUCACCCAACCUCUGUCUUCGGAUGGUGAUGGGAUGCUAUAUGGCAGGAUUCACAGGUACUUUAUCUCAGAUUUGUGCCUUGCUGAAGCUCCACUUCUGUGGACCUAAUGUCAUCAGGCACUUCUUCUGUGACAUAUCGCAGAUCAUACAUCUAUCCUGCACUGAUGCUUUCUUUGCAGAAGUCCUGAUUGCAAUAUUGGCAACAAUCUUUGGAAUAAUGAAUGCCUUGGUUAUCAUGACAUCCUAUUUCUAUAUCAUCUUGUCCAUCGUGAAGAUCACAUCCACUAAAGGCAGGUCCAAGGCAUUCAACACCUGUGCUUCUCACCUGACAGCUGUUUCCCUCUUUUAUAUUUCAGGUGUUUUUGUCUAUAUACGUUCCAGUUCUGGGGUUUCCUCCAGCUUUGAGAGAUUCGCUUCCAUGUUCUAUAUUGUGGUGAUUCCCAUGUUGAACCCUUUGAUUUACAGUCUGAGGAACAAGGACAUUAAAGAUGCAAUGAAGAUGUUGUGGAGAAAGACAUGCACAUGCUAA